UGGAGCAUCUCUGAGCCUGAGCGACGCAUCAACCACCUCAUGGCAGUUUUCAACCGCACCCCCUCUGACCCUUCAACGUUCAUCCUCAUGGGCAUCCCCGGCCUGGAAGCUGCCCACAUCUGGAUUUCCAUCCCUUUCUCUAUGUUCUACGUUAUUGGCCUGUUGGGAAAUUUCACGGUUCUGUUUGUUGUAGGCAAAGAACAGACCCUGCACAAGCCGAUGUACCUUCUUCUCUGCAUGCUGGCAGUCAGUGACAUUGGCAUGUCUACAUCCACCGUGCCAAACACACUGUGUAUAUUUUGGUUCAAUUUGAAAAGCAUUACUGUGGGUGGCUGCCUCACCCAGACGUUCUUCCUACACACGAUUUAUACGAUGCACUCAGCCGUCCUCGUGACAAUGGCCUUUGAUCGCUAUGUUGCCAUAUGUAACCCUCUGAGAUAUGCCACCAUCCUCACCAACGCACGAAUAGCUAAUCUAGGGCUCGUGGGUUUGAUAAGAGCUGUUCUCUUCAUUCUGCCCAUGCCCGUGCUCCUGAGCAAGCUGCCAUUCUGUGCCAACCGCAUUAUCCCCCACACGUACUGCGAUCACAUAGCCGUGGCAAAGACGUCAUGUGGGGACAUCACAGUGAACAGGAUGUAUGGCUUGGUGAUAGUGUUUUUAGUCAUUGGGUUAGACCUGAUACUCAUUGUCCUGUCAUAUGGCCUGAUUAUCAGGGCUGUCCUCAGAAUCUCCUCCAAGAAAGCCCAUCAAAAAGCCCUCAACACCUGCACAGCCCACAUCUGUGUGGUGCUGAUUUCUUAUAUUUCCGUCCUCUUCACCACUCUGACACACCGGUUUGGUCAGGGCAUCGCUCCCCAUGUUCACAUCAUCUUGGCAAACCUCUAUGUCCUCCUCCCCACCAUGCUUAACCCUAUCAUUUAUGGGGUCAAAAUCAAAGAGCUUCGUGACAAAGUGGGCAAAUACAUCUGCAGAAUGUGAUCGCUGGUGGCCACUGACUUUAAACCUGUGUGACAAGAGGGCGAAAGGAUAUCUCCUUGUUAAUCACGGGAGCUCUCUCCUAGUUUGGCUGAACACACCAUUGUCUUAGCAAAGGCAAUGUUAUCUUGUUUAUUCUGCUUUCUUUUAGCUGAUCACUAUUAGCUAGGCCUCUGGUCUCUUAACCAUACUCUGGACUUUGGACCUGGAAAAGAGCUGGCACAAUCCAUAUACCAGGUUGUUAUAUAAAAUGCACAUGGAUUUUAACCCUUCAAUACUGCAGCUCUCUGAAGCAAGGUGACUUUCCUGUGUCAACAGGGUCCUUGUCGUUUGACUCGAUGAAGCCACA